AAAAUUUAUUAUAAAUAGACAUAAACAUAUUUAACUAGUUUCAAAAAUCUAUUGAAAAACUAAAAAAUGGAGGCCACAGGAUUUACAUUGAACGAGGACCAAAUGAACGAAGUACGUGAUGCAUUCGGAGUGUUCGAUCCGCAGAAUACAGGGAAAAUAACGGGAAAACAAAUGGGCCUCGCAAUGCGUACGUUGGGCUAUUGCCCAACCGAAGCGGAGCUGUACGAUCUGAUCGAGGAGAUCGACGUAGAUGGCGAUGGCGAUAUCGAAUUUAUCGAAUUCCAAAUGAUGAUCACCAAACGCAUGGAAGGCCUGACCAAAAUUGAGAAUCUAAGAGCCGUAUUCAAGCUGAUCGAUCGCGAUGAAGAUGGCUUUAUAGCGCUUGGCGAAAUGCGCAAUGUUAUGCACAAUAUGGGCGAAAGGUGUUCCGAAGAGGAGUUCAAUGAAAUGAUGAAAGAAAUCGAUGCCGAUAACGAUGGAAAGAUCAGUUUUUCUGAGUUUGUGAAUGCCGUCAGGAAUUGAGAGAUCGGUAGAAAAAGAGAGAGGGAGAACUUUAAAUUAUGGAUUAGUUAAAUACAGAAAAUACAUAAGCUCCAAAUAUUUGAUAUACAAUAUCAGCUUGAGAUCGGUUGUGAUAAGUUAAAAUAAUCCAAGAGAACGCUUUUGGUUGGAUUCUCUAAAAAAGUUAUUAUAUUUUAGACAUUUCAGUCUAUUGAGUAGAAGUUCAAUAAGUUGAAGAGACAAACUGUUGCGGAAGAUGAAGACUGGAGAGUAAUACGUCAAGUCUUGAGAGACCUUUUGGUGGCUUUUUUAUUAGAGUUUAAAUUUAAAAGUUCUACAUGAAAAAAGUAGUUAUCUAUAAAAUU